AUGGGGGUCCCAGAGGACUUUGAGCACUUCGGUGGGCCGGAGAUGAGAUCAAGCACGUUCGCCGUCGGCGACCACUACUGGCGUAUUUUGUGCUAUCCAAACGGCCGCUGGCACGAGGACCACAUCUCCCUUUUCAUUGAACAUGACGACGUCCGCCAUGCUAGCCAGGAAAUAAUCGGGGAUACAAUGGCAAAGAUCCAGUUUAGUAUACUCGACCAGGGCUUGAAGCCAUCCUACACUAAAACUACAAUACUGCAGCCGAUCCAUGGUUCCCGGGAAUGGGAUGGGUUCGAGUCGUUCAUCACCCACGAGGAUUUCGACAAAGAGAGAGAGAAGCAUCUCAAGGAUGACUGCCUGACCAUCCUGUGCGACCUCACCGUCGUCGUCACCGGAACCGACGAGCGCAUGGAGAUUCCGCCGGUGGCGCCGCCGUUCGAUUUGCACGGGCUACUCGCGGAAGCCAUCUGGAACAAGGAAAGCCCGGACGUGAAGAUCAAGGUCGGCGGGGAGACGUUCCCUGCGCACCGGUGGAUACUCGAGGCGCGCUCGCCCGUCUUCAAGGCGGAUCUCUCGGCCGCGUCUAGUAGAAGAUGCAAAUACGACUACGACAGCGCCGCUCAACUACUACACGUCCGUGACAUGGACCCCCAGGUGUUCAAGGCUCUGCUCCAGUUCAUCUACACAGAUUCGCCUCCGGAGACAAGCCUGCUCGAGGCGCCGGAGACGGCGGAGAUGCUGCUCAUGGCGGCCGACAGGUAUGAGCUGGAGAAGCUGAAGCUCUUCUGCGAAGAGGCGCUAUGUCCGCACAUCGACAUGAGCUCGGUGUCUCACACUUUAGCGUUGGCCCAGCGGCACCGCUGCCCCGUGCUGAAGGAGGCGUGCAUGCGAUUCCUGUCUUCUCCCGCUAAUCUGGAAACUGUCAUGGCAAUGCAUGGAUUUGAGCAACUAAAGAAAGAUUGCUCCUCUGCUCUCUUGGACCUUGUUGUCAAGAAGAUGAUGCGACAGGAGAAAUAA